ACACGGGAUUAAAGGUGGCGUGUGCCUAAACGGGGAUGGGGAGGGAAGUGAUGGAGCAUCUCUUGGAGCUCUGCGUUUGGAGCGCUCUGUUAGCAUCCCAAAAACUGGUGAUAAAUUCAGUAUGAAAUAAGUUGUAGCAAGGGAGAUGGCUAUCUGUAAUCAAAGUGGGGGGGAAGGACCAGUAGGAGCCCCGAAGGUGAGAAUUGAUUACAUGUCAAGAGCAGAGAUGAGAGAGAUGUAAAGACUAUGUGUCCUGUUUUACAUUUAUCUUUAUUUUCCUGGUGUUUUCCAGAAUGUGGGAACUUUAUAGAGUAUUGGUAGGCUUUGAAAAUGCUGGGGGUUUGGCACUGCGAUUGCUUCCAUGUAGUUAGUCAUAAACAGGAAGACUGGGGGAUAUCUGUAUCAUAACCACAAGGAAAUAAGUAGUUUUCUUUCUCAUACAAACUUCUUCUGCUACUGGUGUACCUUUACAGCCGUUUGUUACGGUGGUUUUGGAUUGUUGUAUUGCUCUUUUUAAGUGCUGUUUCCCUCUGAUCUGUUUAGUCUGUAUCUUUCCAACUUUUCUGCAUCCCUUCUGUAUCAUCUUUGUACUCAAAGUAGCAAGCCGAGGCUUGCUAUUUUUUUCUUUGGAGAAUCAGAAUUCUUGAUGAAUCUGUCUUUGUCUUGGUGAACAAGGUUUGAUUCAAUCAGUAACAAAACUAUUCUUGAUAUGUAACACUUUUUUAUGGUAUAUGGUGACCUUUGUUACCAUUUUUUUAGCCUAUUUCUUGUCUGUUAUGGUUCAAUAUGUGAGAAAUUCGAAUUUUUAUAUUUAUUGGCUUGUCUUGUUUGUCUUAUUCUUUCUAUGGAAGAAAGUUUCACCCUUCUGGCAGUUGUGAUUAAAACAGAUCAAGCCUCCAGAGGCUGAGCCAAAUGAACUUGGGUACAGAUUUUUUUUUGCAAAACCUGUCAUCUCUACAAAGCUGAAUUAAAGUUCUUUGUGAGAACCUGGAGAAACUGUUUUGACAUCUGUGAGUGGGAUUUUAAAAAUUUUGGAAGCCAGCCUUCCUGAAAUAUUCAAACUUGUCUCAGAUAUAAAUGACUUUAUGUGAUAUGUUUGACAGAGUAUGAUUUAGAAAGGAGCUUGGAGGUUAAUGAAUGUGAAGGUUAUCUAUAUCUAUCUAUCAUUAAAACACAUGCCAGGUACCAGUUUGUGUAGUUUGCCAGUUUAAAAUAACACUGCCUUACUGUGUGGAAGAUAAGAGAAUGAUAUUUAAUAGAUGGAUUUUUCUAGACUUCUAAGGCUGUUUUAACGCUUGUGUUAAGGGAUAGUAAUGGUUUAUUUUACAGUUUCUACCAGAGAGUUGAAAUAUGCCUGUGAUACUGCAAUAUUUGAAGAUAAAACUCAGUUUUGCUUGUGCUGAAAAGUUACUCUUCUGCUAGGGAAAAAUAAGUUCUGCAAGGCAAAGAACUUGGUCAGGAAAAGACCCAUUGAAAAGUUAUUUCGCUUUAGGUUUGGUAAUUCAAAAUUACUGAAAAUACUUUGUCUAACUAACUAUAUAAUUGCUGGGAGAAAAGGUAGACAUGGGGAAAUCAGCCAAGUAGUUUGAAAACUGGAACAGUUGUGCUUUGAGAUUAGAAAUCUUAUUUUUGAACAACCUAGAAGGCAUGUAUUUCCUUGCUGCAAAGCUGGCCUCUCAACAGACUUCUGGCUUACAUGGCUCUUCUCAGUUUUCUGUUGCUAAGAUACUGUAAUACAGAUGAUCAGACUCAGUGUUACUUUUGGUACAAUAUUUUUUUGGUACAAAUACUCUUGGAAAAUAAUAGGGGUCCCCAGAAAAAGACUUAGGCAACUGAAGCUUAUUAGCUACUUUAUCUAUACAGAGUUUAGAGAAAUGUUAGGUACUCCUGAGCAGAGUUCCAGUAGGAAAUGCCAGUAAGGUGGGUAUUUCUAGAUUCCUGAUGCUUGAGAGUGGGUGCUUGGAAGUGUCUCAUUGGUGAGAUUUGGCAGACUAAGGACUGUCUUCUGCUUGGAAUGCUGAAUCAGCAACACUGAUUCCCUCUCCUGUAAAAAGCAAUCCAGAGGCCACCUUAAAAAAAAAGAAUAAAGAAAAAACCCAAAACCAAUGGCAAAACAAAUAAACAAAACACAAAAAUCCACUUAGUGGUGAGGAGAGACAGUGAAAGGAUUAUAAUAGCCUUGUGGUUAGAACAGUUGAAUGAAACAGGACAAAUACUAUCUCUGUUCUCUCCUGUAUCAGAGGAUUCAGCUCCCUGUUUUCUGUUAAUCAGAAGUGUGUCCUAACCACCAAGCUGAAAAGUGUGUGGGUAAAAACAUCUGCAUGUGUACGUUACUACUGAAGAUGGAGUAUGAGUAACAGUGCAUAGGUUUUUUUCCCCAGAAGACAAAUUCAUUGGCCACCUGGGGCUUACUAAGCAGAAUCAUGGAGCAGAUCCUCCAGGGCACUUGGAAGAUAAGAAGGUGAUGGAUGACAGCCAAUGUGACUUCACUAAGGCAAUUUUGACAAAUUUAGUGGCCUUCUAUGAGCACCUUCCAGUAAGUAACAGGAGACUGACUACGAGAAAGCUGGAGAGGGACUAUUUACAAAGGUCUGUAGUGAUAGGACCAGGAGAAAUGACUUUCAGGAUGAGGAAUGAGAGAUUUAGAUAAAAUAUUUAGAAAUUCUUUGCUGAGGGAGUGGUGAGGUACUGGCACACAUUAUCCAAAGAAGUGGAUGCCCCAUCCCUGGAUAUCUUCAAGGCCAGGUUGGAUCAAGCUUGGAGCAAUUUAGUCUAGUGGAAUGUUCCCUGCCCCUGGUAGGGGUUUCGGGAUCUUUGGGGACCCUUUGAACCAAAACCAUUCUCUGAUUCUUUAAUAUACAAUGACACAUUUUUUACAUAGAUUUUCUAAUGUAUUAAUUUAUUCAUCCAUAAAGAACCACUUGAGCACUUAAUAUGAUCUCCAGAGUAAAAGAGGGCUCCAUCCUGGAAUAGCAUUCCUGUCCCUGUGUCUGCUCCAUGGGCUACAGCUCCUGCGAGGUGCACAGACUCUCUGUGGGCUACACCUUAUUUCAGGGUAUAUCCACUGCCUCCAGUGUGGGGUUCCCUAUGGGCUGCAGGUGGAUCUCUGUUCCACUGCGGGCCUCCGUGGGCCUACAGGGGCACAGCCUGCUUUGCAGUGGGCUGUCAGGAAAUCUCUAAGUGCCUGGAGCACUUCCUACAUGUCCUUCUUCAAUGACUUUGGGGUCUGCAGAGUUGUUUCUCUCAGUUAUUGUCACCCCCUCAGCUGUUGUGCAAUGUUCUUUACCCUUUCCUAAAUACCUUACAGCAGAGGCAUCACCAGCGUGGCCAAGGGACUCAGCUUUGGGCAGCACCAGGUCCAUCUUGGAGCUGACUGGAACUGGCUCUGGCUGACAUGGGGACAGCUUCUGGUGUCUUUCACUCCUGCAGCCCACUCACCACCAGAACCUUACCAGGGAAUCCCAAUGCAGGCACUUACCUGGCAAGGAAGACUCCUUUUAUUCUUGAGAAGGUUUUUUCAGGUGUCUGUAUGGUGAACCUGGAAGGUGGAUAGUCUCUUUUUGCAAUGGGAGCUGCUGUAGUUUUUCUGGUGGAGUAAUGCACAAACUGCUAUAUAGUAAUGCUUCUGGAACAUUGUAAAAAAUAUCUGCAGUGCUCUCACAGACAGAAAGAAUUUAACAUGUUUAUAGUCGUCAUAGAUCUAUCUUUUUAUCUUGUCAUUGCAUAGAUAUUUUCAUGUGGCAGUCUGAGAGCUGUGCUUGGCUUGUAGGCAGUAUUGGCAUCUGGCUAAAAGCAACGCAUAAAGCCUGCUUUUCAUCUUUUCUCAAGAUUCUUGUCAUGAUUAGGGAAUAUGUUAGCAUAUUGUGAAAUCUAGAGCUCAGUGUUUGUUUGAUGCAAGAUUGGAGCAGGUGACUUAGUUCUUGUAAAGCUGUGUGAUGUAGUCUUUAUAAUACUCUUUUUUUCUUUGUUACCUUUUUUUAGCCUAUUUCUUGUCUGUUAUUUUGCACAUCAAUGGAGUUUCUUGCCUGAUGUUACUGAGAUGCAGAGCUGAGUUACUGAAGAUGAUGAUAAACUUCGUAAGGCUAUUGAAGUUAGUAUUUGCUGAAGGGAGACAGAGGUUUUUCUCAGCUUCACAUACUAUACUUGGACCUUAUAAAUUCCAGUACUUAUUUAAAACCCUUGUAUCCCCUUCAAUUUUCAUGAUUAUUGUUUGAUUAUUUAUUGAUUGAUUUGUUUCUUUGUGAGUUUUGUUUUUGUUGGAGUUUGGUUGGUUAGUUUGUUUAGAUUGUUUAGGUUUGUGGUUUUGUUACUGUGUAAAAAUUAUCAGGCAGUAGCUAUAACAUUAUUUGUGUUUAAGAGAUGCUGGGAUAGAGCUGCUCAGUUUUUCAAAUUUAGUCCAUCUCAGUAAUGUGCAGACAGCUAGUGCUCAGCACCUCACAGGCUGCGUGUGGGGAACAGAGCAACAUCUGUAUGUAAAUGAUAAUUUUUUUUUAUUAUUGAUUACAUGACACAGGAGAAAUUUUCUGUUUGAAUUCUGUCCAGUUUUAAAUUGGAGAGAAGAUGUAUCUCUUGCUCUGUAAGGUACAGCAAUAAACCAGUCAUAUAUUUACUGGCAGCAUUGUCUUCAGCAGCUUCUGUGUUUGCCAUCCUUUCCCUCUUUUUCUGCUUUUUGACUGUCCCGUCACUUCUUUCUUCCUGGUUGUUUGUUAGGCUUGAAAAAAUGGUGUUGUUGAGUAUGGGUUCUUGUUAGUAGUUCUAAAGUCUCACAUUUAAGUUUGAAGUAUUAUCAGCUUUUUUUGAAUCAUCUGUAGAAAGGUGUCACACAUGCACGGAGAGCUCUUGGGCUUGCAGUGCUCAGUGCUCUCAGCUGUCAGACUCCACUGGUCCUGUCUUCUUCCUGUCUGUCCUCUGCUUUCACCUUUUUUCCUCUUCAUGCUUUCUUUCUUGCGUCACCAGCAACCCAACAAAUUGUUUGUCUUUGGUGGUUUCUUGCACCAUAAAUCAUAUUGCAGAAUUUGAGUUUUGAAACAGGUAAAAUGCCUUGGCAGGAGUCAGGCAAACAUUUUCACUGUUAAAUGUACUGUUAAUGAAAAUAGUGGUUCUAGCAGGAAGAUAUUGAAAACCUUUGGUCAACUUGAGACCAUCUGAAAAAUUGCUAUUAACAUUAUUUUUGUUUUAAGAGUGUAUUUAAAUUGUUGGAAGCUGAAAAGGGAUGCAGUUGGAAUAUGCCUAUAGCAUGAAAAAAGUGAAACUUAUUUAAAAGUGUCCUGGGAUGAGUUUAUGAUGCUUGUAAUCCCCAUUUGUCUGUUUAGCCCAGAAAUAAGUUUUGCACCUUUAAGAUUGGUUCUGAGAGUGAAGUGGGGGAGAGGAGAAGUGUGCAGUUUGUUUUCAGGCACUGCACUCACUCCUCCACAUUCCUGCUCCUGGACUGUGCUGUCUGUGGACGGACAGACAGCAGGACAGAGCUCUCCUUUGCUUUUAGUUUUUAGCUAGCUAAAAGAAGCUUAGGGGGAAGUUCCCUGGACUGUGGUUUUUUAUUUCUUGGACCUGCUUAAACCUGCUCUGGGCUGAAAACCCAGAAGAGCACCGGGAACUGCUACCUGUGACCCACUGGGCUGGGCCUGGGCCGUGGCAUUUCCAGCGCUGGAGUGGCUGAUAAGAAACUGAGUGAGCUGAGCUACAGCCCACCAAGGGAACUUUCUGAGUUUGUCAUCUCUUCAGAGCGCACAGUGAGUUUCUUGGAGCAGCAACUCUGAUCAGUAAUGAGCAGAUGAUAACAAGUUAAACAGUGCCUGGUAAACAACGCAAUCACAGUGGCAACAGUGCACAAGCAACAUCAAAGAGCAGGGGACUUUGGUGUCCCCGUGUCAGUAGGAAACAUGCCCAGGAUCUCAGCUGCCAGAGUGCCUGCAGUUUUUACAUAGAUUUCUAUAGGUCUUGUAACCAUGUCUGUUAAUGCAACAGAGAAUGAUCCUCCCAGAUUCUUUGUGGGUGGAGAAGAUGGAGAGGGAUUAUUGGAUUCAGCCAGAUCUACAGAUUAUGAACACUUCUAUGACCAUGGGGAAGAAGAGGAGGAAGAGUAUGACUCUCCACCAGAAAGACAAAUUGCAGUUGGGAUUUGUUCAAUGGCUAAGAAAUCAAAGUCCAAACCAAUGAAAGAAAUUCUUGAACGCCUCUCCAUGUUUAAGUAUAUAACUGUGGUGAUAUUUGAAGAGGAUGUUAUUUUGAACGAGCCAGUAGAAAAUUGGCCUUUAUGCGACUGUCUCAUUUCUUUUCACUCUAAAGGGUUUCCACUGGACAAAGCAGUAGCUUACGCAAAACUCAGGAAUCCGUUCAUAAUCAAUGACUUGAAUAUGCAGUAUCACAUACAAGACAGAAGAGAAGUCUAUGGUAUUCUUAAAGCUGAAGGAAUUUUACUUCCUCGCUAUGCAGUUCUGAACCGUGAUCCAAACAAUCCACAAGAAUGCAACUUGAUUGAAGGAGAAGAUCAUGUGGAAGUGAAUGGAGAAAUUUUCCAGAAGCCCUUUGUAGAAAAGCCAGUUAGUGCUGAGGACCACAAUGUUUACAUUUAUUAUCCAACAUCUGCUGGGGGUGGAAGCCAGAGGCUCUUUCGAAAGAUUGGCAGCAGAAGCAGUGUUUAUUCUCCUGAAAGCAGUGUGAGGAAAACAGGCUCCUAUAUUUAUGAGGAAUUCAUGCCUACAGAUGGAACUGAUGUGAAGGUGUACACAGUAGGUCCAGACUAUGCUCAUGCUGAGGCCCGGAAGUCUCCAGCUCUGGAUGGCAAAGUAGAACGAGAUAGCGAAGGAAAAGAAGUGAGAUACCCAGUCAUCCUGAAUGCAAGAGAGAAGUUAAUUGCUUGGAAAGUAUGCCUUGCCUUUAAGCAAACAGUUUGUGGCUUUGAUUUGCUACGUGCUAAUGGACAGUCCUAUGUCUGUGAUGUGAAUGGCUUCAGUUUUGUGAAAAACUCCAUGAAGUACUAUGAUGAUUGUGCUAAAAUACUGGGAAAUAUCAUAAUGAGAGAACUUGCUCCCCAGUUUCAAAUACCAUGGUCAAUUCCUUUGGAAGCUGAAGACAUUCCUAUUGUGCCAACCACCUCUGGAACAAUGAUGGAGCUUAGAUGUGUUAUAGCUGUAAUACGCCAUGGGGAUCGAACACCAAAGCAAAAAAUGAAAAUGGAAGUAAAACAUCAGAGAUUUUUUGAUCUCUUUGAAAAAUGUGAUGGAUAUAAAUCUGGAAAACUGAAACUGAAAAAACCAAAACAGUUGCAGGAAGUACUUGAUAUAGCAAGGCAGCUCCUUGUAGAACUUGGGCAAAACAAUGAUUCUGAAAUUGAAGAAAGUAAAGCAAAACUUGAACAGCUAAAGACUGUGUUAGAAAUGUAUGGGCAUUUUUCAGGCAUAAAUCGCAAAGUUCAGUUAACAUAUCUUCCUCACGGCUGCCCUAAGACUUCCAGUGAAGAGGAAGAUAAUAGAAGAAAUGAGCCAUCCCUGCUUCUGGUUCUGAAAUGGGGAGGAGAGUUGACCCCUGCAGGCAGGGUUCAAGCAGAGGAGCUUGGAAGAGCUUUCAGGUGUAUGUAUCCAGGCGGACAAGGAGAUUAUGCUGGAUUUCCUGGAUGUGGAUUACUUAGAUUACAUAGCACUUACCGACAUGAUCUCAAAAUCUAUGCUUCUGAUGAGGGACGAGUUCAGAUGACUGCAGCAGCUUUUGCAAAGGGACUUCUGGCCUUAGAGGGAGAGCUGACUCCUAUUCUUGUCCAGAUGGUAAAAAGUGCUAAUAUGAAUGGUCUGUUGGACAGUGACAGUGAUUCCUUAAGCAGCUGUCAACAUCGUGUUAAAGCAAGGCUCCAUGAAAUUCUCCAGAGAGACAGAGAAUUUACUGCUGAUGACUAUGAUAAGCUAACUCCAUCUGGAAGCAUCUCACUGAUAAAAUCAAUGCAGGUUAUUAAAAAUCCUGUAAAGACAUGUGACAAGGUCUAUUACUUGAUACAGAGUUUGACUUCUCAGAUCAGGCAGAGAAUGGAAGACCCAAAGUCUGCAGAUAUUCAGCUUUACCACAGUGAAACUCUAGAACUGAUGCUGCGCAGGUGGGCCAAGCUGGAAAAAGACUUCAAAACCAAAAAUGGAAGAUAUGAUAUUAGCAAAAUUCCUGAUAUUUAUGACUGUAUAAAAUAUGAUGUACAACACAAUGGAUCCUUAAAAUUAGAAAACACAAUGGAAUUAUAUAGACUUUCAAAGGCUUUAGCUGACAUUGUGAUUCCUCAGGAAUAUGGUAUUUCUAAAGCUGAGAAAUUGGAGAUUGCCAAAGGUUACUGCACUCCACUAGUCAGGAAAAUUCGUUCUGACCUUCAGAGAACUCAAGAUGAUGACACUGUAAAUAAGCUUCACCCUCUCUACUCCAGGGGUGUUAUGUCCCCAGAACGCCAUGUUCGUACCCGGCUGUAUUUCACCAGUGAGAGUCAUGUCCACUCUCUGUUAUCCACCCUUCGUUAUGGUGCCUUAUGUGAUGAAUCGAAAGAUGAACAAUGGAAACGAGCUAUGGAUUACUUAAAUGUGGUCAAUGAACUCAAUUACAUGACACAGAUUGUUAUCAUGCUCUAUGAGGAUCCAAACAAGGAACUUUCUUCGGAAGAACGUUUUCAUGUAGAGCUGCAUUUCAGUCCAGGAGCAAAAGGGUGUGAGGAAGAUAAAAAUUUACCAUCUGGAUAUGGAUACAGACCUGCCUCCAGAGAGAAUGAAGGCUCAAAGAAAACAUCUCAUAGAAAUGAUAGUGAUGAGGAGGUACAUGCUCCUAAACGAGAUGAAACGGAUCGAUCAGUAGUGAUGUUCAAGCCUAUGGUAUCAGACCCAAUUCACAUACACAGAAAGUCACCCCUUCCAAGAUCCAGGAAGAUUGGUUCUGUUGAAGAAGAGAGCCCCCUGAGUGUGUCUAGCCCAGAGUGUAUUGGUACCUGGCUGCAUUACACCAGUGGUGUGGGUACUGGGCGUCGAAGACGCAGAUCAGGGGAACAAAUCACUUCUUCCCCUGUCUCCCCUAAAUCACUGGCUUUCACAUCCAGUAUUUUUGGCUCAUGGCAACAGGUCCUAUCAGAAAGCAAUAGUAACUUACGAACACCAAGAACUAUUCUGGAACAAAAGCAGAGUGGUCUAGGGUCUCACUGUGCGGGCCUGUUUAGCACCUCAGUGCUCGGGGGUUCUUCAAGUGCACCUAACCUACAGGAUUAUGCUCGUACGCAUCGUAAAAAGCUGACUUCUUCUGGCUUCAUAGAUGACACCACACGCGGUUCUGCUGUUAAAAGGUUUUCUAUCUCAUUUGCUCGACACCCAACCAAUGGUUUUGAACUGUAUUCGAUGGUGCCUUCUAUUUGUCCUUUGGAAACUCUACACAAUUCCUUGUCUCUGAAGCAGGUGGAUGAAUUUCUUGCUUCUGUUGCUGCUCCAUCAAGGGAAAAUCUACAGGAGACAUCUACUCCAACUUACAUGAUGCCCCUUUCAGGAAGAAAAAAUUCUUUAAAUACAUUUACCCCUGCAAAAAUUCAACCAACUCCACUUGAAACUUUGCCUGAAAGGCUAGUGAUGGAGAAACUAACCUUAUCUACCCUUGGAUGUCCUGUUAAUGUAUCUGAUAUUAAACCAUCUCUUGAAGAGGCCUCAGUAGAUGCAGAACUUUGUGGUGAAACUCCUUCCGAGAAGAAAUGAUCAGACAAAACUGGAAACAACUUCUUUUAAACGGUUCUUUAGUGUGCAUUCAAGCAAGUUACGGAGCUGUCAAAAGCCAUUCCUGUUUGCAUCUGCAAUUCAUAGUGCACUUAAAAAUCUUUAUACAUGGUUAACUAAUGUGCACAGUAUUUACAUCAAGCAUCUUUUCUCAUUUUCUAAAUAUACUUAUCAGUUUGAUGAAUGUCACAGCUUUUAAUGGAAAAGCUGCACAUGAACCUUCUCUGUGUCUUCAAAUAUCUACUGUAAACAUAUACAAAAACAAGAUGGUAUGUAUUACAGUGGCUUUGUUGUUGUCGCUGUAAUGAAAGCAUUGUCUGUUGUCAUCAUAAACUUCUAUUUUCAGGAGUUUAUAAUCUCCCUGUGAAUUUCUUCUAUGUGCUGAAACAGAACACGCAUCUUGGCUUUUUUUUUAAUUUAACUACAUUUCCAAAGAGAUGUCUUUUCCCUGGUUUGGAGAUACGCAGAUAUUUUCUGCAUUUUAAUUAUAUUAUAUUAUAUAUGCUGCAAUAAUUAGGCAUGAUGGAGUGAGGUCAUGUAUCAGCACUUUUGACUACUCUUUUUCUUUUUCUUGUGUUUACAUUAGACCUGUAACAUUCAAAUCUACCUUCUUGUUUAUUGUUUAGUACACAUGCUUGUAUACAGAUACCUGUAUAUUAUCCAGACAUAAAACUGUCUUUUAUAUGUUUUUAUCAAAACCUUCUUUUGCUUACUAAAAAAGACAGUUUUAUUUUCCUUGCCAUGUGUUUCUAGAAAAAGGUGAUACUAAAAAGCAGGUUUUGUAGGAUGAGAAAUGUUACAGCUGGUCUGCUACUAGGUUUAUUCUGAAAAUUGUAAAUAUUCCAUCUAUGAUUUAUUGUCAUCCUUUCAGCACAGAGAGAGACUGUGGACUACCAGAACUCAGUGCAUACUGUUGCAAAAUACUCAGGAUUUGUCAUGGCCUGGGAAUUUUCAUACCUCCCUCCUUCCAAGCUACUGGUUGACAGCAACUCUCAAAAAAAAAACCCCACAAACAAAAAAACAAGCAAACCAACCAAAAAACCACCAACAAACAAACAAAAAACCAACCAAACAAACAAAAAACACCAAAACCGAAACAAAACAAAACAAAACCAGAAAAAAACCCACAAAACAAAAAUAAGAAAAAAAACCUAAACAUUUAUGAGAUGUAAGAAGCAUUUCUAAAUUGGUGGAACAUGGAGUUAUGGUGUUAUUUAGAAUAAUUAUCCAAUCUAAGCAAUUUUUGUAAUUUUUUUCUGAGGCAUGAAAAUUUACUGGGUUAUGAGUACCCCAAAUGUAUGAAAAUAUAGACCACUUCUUUAAGUUCAAGUGGCUGAGUAGUAAGAAUGGACUUCAUAACUGUAAGUUAGGUAAUUCCUUUCAUUUUUAAGCUGCAGAAGACAGCUUAUGAGUAAAAUGUUUAAGUAGGGCUCUUACUUGUCUCCAGAGCCAGUGCAAGCUGCACUAGUUACAUUCACUAGUUACUAUGUACAUUCACUUCAUCGCAGGGUUUUCAGUGUUUUCAGUGUUUACCAUAUAUGAAAUGGCUUCAGCAGACGAUUUCUAACAAUGCUGAUUCAAUACCAAAAAUAUUAAGGGUUUCACAGCUAUAUAGUUCAAGCAUUUCAUUUUCCGUAGUGUAAAUGUGUUAUUUACAAUGCUGGUCUUGCAUACAACUGAAUGUACCCUUGUUUACCAUUUAAAAAGAAAACCUAAAAAUUUAAGUAUAUGUAUCAUUCCAGUCAACCAAAGCAGUGGCAUAACUUUUUUUAUGUGCUUCUAAAUAAAAUCAAGGUCACUGGCAA